AAUAUUUCUUUUAUUUUAAAAGAAAUGAGUGUAACUAAUAUUGCAUUAAGAGUUGAAACCUGGCUUUUAGCUACGUGGCAUGUUAAAGUACCUCUAAUGUGGUUGGAAGCUUGUAUUAACUGGAUCCAAGAAGAAAAUGAUAAUGUUAAUUUGAGUCAGGCACAAAUGAAUAAACAAGUGUUUGAGCAGUGGCUCCUUACUGACCUGAGAGAUUUGGAACAUCCUGUUUUACCUGACGGCAUUUUAGAAGUUCCAAAAGGAGAACUGAAUGGAUUUUUUGCUUUGCAGAUUAAUUCAUUGGUUGAUGUAAGUCAACCUGCAUAUUCCCAGAUACAAAAGUUGAGAGGAAAGAAUACAACGAAUGACUUAGUUACAGCUGAAACACAAGUAACCCUAAAACCUUGGGAAGCAAAGCCUUCACGAAUGUUGAUGUUACAACUAACUGAUGGAGUUGUACAAAUGCAGGGAAUGGAAUAUCAGUCUAUUCCAGCUCUUCAUAGUGAUCUUGCCCCAGGUACAAAAAUUUUGAUUUAUGGAAACAUUUCUUUCCGUCUUGGUGUUCUUUUAUUGAAACCAGAAAAUGUGAAGAUUUUGGGAGGAGAAGUAGAUGCCCUUUCAGAGGAAUAUGCCCAAGAAAAAGUACUUGCAAGAUUAAUUGGGGAACCUGAUCGUGUAGUUUCAGUCAUACCAAAUAAUUGUAACCAGACCAUCCCUGGAAUUACAGAUGUUCUGGAUCCUGCAUUAGGACCUUCUGAUGAAGAACUCUUGGCAAGUCUUGAUGAAAAUGAGCUUGCAGCAAAUAAUGACACCUCCUUAGAAAGAAGAUGCUUCAGCACAGGUAGUUCCUCAAAUACUGUUCCCACAAGACAGUCAAGUUUUGAAUCACGACAUAUUAUUUCUCCAAAACCCAAGGAGAAACAACCAAAUCAACCUAUGCAUUUCACUGAUGGGGAAUUAGAUGACUUUUCAUUGGAGGAGGCCUUGCUUUUAGAAGAAACUGUCCAGAAAGAACAAAUGAAGACUAAAGAAUUACAGCUAUUGACUUUGAACAGAACCCCAGAUGAAAGCAUAGAGAGAUUUUUACAUAAACCUAAUACUCCAAAUAAUUUUUCUUUGAUUUGCAAAAGUGGAAACCGUAAUUGGAAUGAAAAAAAUGUAUCCGAACAAGUGACUAAUGAAGACAAAUUAUUUAGUUGUCCAUCUGUUGAAGACAAAAACAGUAGCGUUUUUUCAGUUCAUAGUAAUGUACCCCUACCCCAUGAUUUUACAAAUAAAGAUAAGGACUCAGAGACAGGUAAUAAAGUAAAACAAACCUUCAGCAGUGCAGAUGGACAUUCCUUAAAUAAAAUAUCAAAGGGAGAGCUGGUAAAUAAUGUACCAAAAAGGAGUUCACACAUUUCUAGUGAAAAUGAUCAUCAUUUACAGUCUUGUUCUUUAAGGCCAUCAGAGAACAACACUAAUCUUUCUAUUGCCAUGGAUUUGUAUUCUCCGCCCUUUAUCUAUUUGUCUGUCCUAAUGGCCAGCAAACCAAAGGAAGUUACAACAGUGAAGGUCAAAGCAUUUAUUGUAACCUUAACUGGAAAUCUUUCAAGUUCUGGUGGCAUUUGGAGUAUAACAGCAAAGAUUUCUGAUGGUACUGGAUAUCUAGAUGUAGACUUUGUGGAUGAGAUACUUACUAGUCUGAUAGGGUUUUCAGUACCAGAAAUGAAACAGUUAAAAAAGGAUCCUCUUCAAUACCAAAAGUUCCUGGAAGGUUUGCAGAAGUGUCAGAGAGAUUUAAUAGAUUUGUGUUGUCUAAUGACGAUUUCAUUUAAUCCCUCCUUGUCUAAAGCAAUAGUACUGGCAUUACAGGAUGUUGAAAUGGAACACCUUGAGAACUUAAAAAAGCGGCUGAAUAAAUAA